AUGGGCAAGAGAGUAUUUGUCGAUUGGGAGCUGUGGCAGCAGAUGACUUUUGUCUUGGCUUGUGCCAUUGGCGUCGUCUUCAUCAUAGGUUUCGUGAAGCUGUGGUGGUCAAACCGAUAUAUGGCCAAGCUCGAAAUUAUUGACGCGGAAAAGAGGGCACACGCCUCAGAGAUGGAAUCAACCGGCCUGCCGCCCCCACGAAAGCAAUCCGAAAUUCCCUUUGGCGUCCGCGCCAUCCAGUCCGGCAUUGAAGUCGACGGUAUCUGGAUCUCCCGCCCCAACACCCCCGCUGCCGACUCCCCUCCCAACUCUGCCAAGGGAAAGGGCAAAUACGUCUCCAUGGGCCCCAUCUCGCCCGCCUCAACAAACUCUUCGGAUCCCUUUGGCUCUCCGCCUUCGUCUCGCGCCGGCAACGGUGUUACAGUCGGUCCUCAGACAUAUCGUCCCAAGUCAUUCUCCCAAAACGCCGUCGCGAGCCGCGCCGACGCCCUCAGCCAGCUUGAGGGCAACCCGAACCCGCCAAACGUACCUUCAUACAGCACCUACCAGCCCCGCGGCAACGUCGCCCAUUCCGAAACCUCUGACGAGGCGACCAGCCCCGUCAGCCCAAUCGACCGUGGUAACGCAGGCAUCAGCAGCGAGAACUACAACGGCAUCGACGUCCGAGUGCCCAUCCGAGCCUCGCCUGUUGUCAACCGUCAGCUCAACAAGGUCCGCAACGUCACUGGCGGCCCCGCCCAGCAACCGACCACGGGCGGUGGUGUCCGCUCUUUCAGCGGUAGCUUGCAGCUGCCCAAGAACGGCAAGGGAAUGUACUCUACCGUGCCGCAGGGCUCGCCCGGUGGGGAUUUCACUGAUCCCUUUGCUACGCCUGUUACUACUCCAGGUGCCGACCAGGCGUUGCUUCCUUCCCAGCAGCAGCAGCAGGGAUCUCAUCACGUCAAGUUUGCGAAUGUUGAGUAUAUCACCAGCCAGCGCUACGCCAGCGACGGUAGCAGCGGGAGCAGCGGCAGCAGUAGUAGCAACAGCAACAACCACAACUAA